CUUCUCUCUACCAUGAUGGCAGCAGUAGAAGAAAAAGGGCCUGCAGAUGGAAGAGAGGAUUACACACAAGAUGGGACUGUGGAUCUCAAAGGUAGACCCGUUUUAAGAUCCAAGACUGGGGGAUGGAGAGCAUGUUCCUUCAUUGUAGGGUAUGAAGUGUUUGAGAGGAUGGCAUAUCAUGGGAUUUCAUCAAACCUAGUGCAAUAUUUAGCAAAGAAACUCCAUGAAGGCACUGUAAAAUCUUCAAACAGUGUCACUAACUGGGUUGGAACUAUAUGGAUGACACCCAUUUUAGGUGCUUACAUUGCAGAUGCUCAUCUUGGUCGAUACUGGACUUUUGUCAUUGCCUCAGGAAUUUAUAUUGCGGGGAUGUGCCUCUUAACCCUAGCAGUCUCAGUGCCAGCCUUAAGACCACCAUCUUGUGGUCAUGGAAUCAAAGAAGUGGAUUGCACUAAAAGAGCCUCAUCUUUGCAAGUGGGUAUUUUCUACUGUGCCUUGUAUCUAAUUGCUGUAGGGAAUGGUGGAACCAAGCCCAACAUUUCAACCAUGGGUGCAGACCAGUUUGAUGAGUUUGAGCACAAGGAAAGGACCCAAAAGCUCUCCUUCUUUAAUUGGUGGUUUAGCAGCAUUUUGCUUGGCACCCUCUUCUCCAAUACUUUGCUGAUCUACGUACAAGAUAAUGUGGGGUGGAGCCUUGGCUAUGGCCUUCCAACAAUUGGGCUCUUGCUCUCUGUUUCAGUGUUCUUGGUGGGCACUCCAUUUUAUAGGCACAAAAUGCCAUCAGGGAGUCCUUUCACUAGGAUAGCUAAUGUGCUUGUUGCUGCUCUAAGGAAGAGGAAGGUACCUGUACCCACUGACCCAAAAGAGCUUCAUGAACUGAGCUUGGAAGAUUAUGCCAAAAUGGGGAAAUUCAGAAUUGACUACACCCCUUCAUUAAGAUUCCUUGACAAAGCGGCAGUGAAGAGCGGGCCAAGCUCACCAUGGAUGCUAUGUCCGGUGACCCAAGUAGAAGAAACCAAGCAAAUGAUGAAAAUGAUUCCUGUUUUGUUUGCAACAUUCAUACCAAGCACGAUAAUAUCUCAAGUAAAUACACUCUUCGUCAAACAAGGUACAACCCUAGAUAGGAGCAUGGGUCCUCAUUUUGAAAUCCCUCCAGCAAGUCUCACAACAUUUGUGUCAAUCUUCAUGCUGAUAACCGUGACAAUCUAUGACCGCUACUUCGUUCCGACGGUACGGCGCUAUACUAAGAACCCUAGAGGAAUUACACUGCUACAGCGACUAGGGUUUGGCCUUGUGUUGCAAGUCAUUAUCAUGGUCACAGCUUGCUUGGUUGAAAGAAAAAGACUCAACAUUGCCAGAGAAAACCACAUAUUAGGCAAACAUGAUACAGUUCCUAUAACCAUUUUCAUUCUCCUCCCUCAGUUUGCAUUGGCAGGGGUCGCAGAUGCGUUUGUGGAAGUUGCAAAGCUAGAGUUUUUCUAUGAUCAAGCUCCAGAAGGCAUGAAAAGCCUGGGAACCUCAUAUUGCACUAGUAGCAUUGGGAUUGGGCACUUUUUCAGUAGUUUUCUUUUAUCAACAGUUGCUGAUAUCACAAAGAGGAACGGCCACAAGGGUUGGAUUUUGGAUAAUCUGAAUGUCUCUCAUUUAGACUACUAUUAUGCUUUCUUGGCCAUCCUGAGCUUGCUCAACGGCCUCUUCUUUUUACUCGUCGCAAAGUUCUUCGUUUAUAAUGACGUGCCGCAAUCAAAGAGAGACAUAGCCAUGGAAGCUCCUCUGAGCAAAGCUUAAUCUCAAGAUAAUGAAGUCCUGAAGACAGGAAUAAGCUGAUAAAAGUCAUUUUGUAUCGCUUGAUUUUCAUAUCAAAUAACUAUGACUAGAAAAGCAAUAAAAUUGUCUGAUCAA